GAGAUCGGGGGACUGAGUGGGAACACUGGAAAUUGGCAUAAGGGCAGGGUGCGGUAGGGAAGUCAACUAAGGGGCAGUGAGGCCACUUGGCAUGGGGACUGGGAGCAGGAGCUGGCUUCCAGGAGAUGCUAAGGCCGCUCUGGAACAUGGUUGGAGCAAAGUGGGGUCCCCUUGAGAGGCUCACAUCUGGGGACAGAGAAGCAGCAUCACCAGUGCCUAGGCUGUAGCAUAGCUGUGGCAGGUGGCCCAGGGAAGUGGAGAGGACCAGCCGAGAUGCCAAGGGAUUCACUGCUCAGCCUCACAGCAAACUCUGAGCUGCACGUACAAGUUGAGGCCCAUGGACUUGAGGUCUAGCCCUGGCGGCGGUGGUUGCCUAGUGUUCAGGAAGCCUUGGCUUCAGUCCCUAGUGUCUUGUCAGGCUGUGAUGGCGGGCUAGUUAGAAUGUCGAACAUGAGCUCCAACAUGACACCUGUAAUCCCAGCAUUGAGGAGGUGGAGACAAAAGGAUCAGAAGUUCAAGGUCUGUAGACUUCAUAGCAAGUUUGAGGCCAGCCUGGGCUACAUAAAACCCUAUUUCAGAAAGCAAGCUAGGUAUGGUGGCACAUGCCUUUAAUUCCAAUAGUCAGAAAGAGGCAGAGGCAGGUGGAUCUCUGAGUUCAAGGGCAUCGUAGUCUACAUAGUGAGUUCUAGGCCAAUGAGGGACAUAUAGUGAGACCCUGUCAAGAGAAAAAAGAUGGGAGCAAGCAUGGUAGGCCAUGCCUUUAAGCCCAGGAGGCAGAGGCAGGUGGAUCUCUGGGAGUUCUGGGUCAGCCUGGUCUAUAUAGCCAGUUCUAGGCCAGCUAGAGAGAUCCCAUUUCAAAAAAAAAGAUAAGGCCUAGGAAGUCAGUCACAUGAGGAGACCUAGGUCCCCUACCUAUAGGCAACCUCUCCUAGAGCCCUCUACUGGCCCUCUACUUUUUCAGGCCACCUCCCAGUCAGAGCCCUACCUCUUUGAACCAGGCGGCACCCCAUCCCUUCCCCUCCCUUUCUCCCUAACCUCACUUCUUGGGCUUGGCCAUCCCACCUGCCCCUUCCAGGAUUCAGACUCGGACACUGAGGGAGGAGCUUCUGGCGGAGCGGCCGAGAUGGACUUCCUGCGGAAUUUAUUCUCCCAGACCCUGGGCCUGGGCUCCCAGAAGGAGCGUCUGCUGGACGAGCUGAGCCUUGAAGGAGUGACCCGCUACAUGCAGAGCGAGCGCUGUCGCAGGGUCAUCUGUUUGGUGGGAGCCGGAAUCUCCACAUCGGCGGGUAUCCCUGACUUCCGCUCCCCAUCCACUGGCCUCUAUGCGAACCUGGAGAAGUACCGCCUUCCUUACCCGGAAGCCAUCUUUGAGAUCAGUUACUUCAAGAAACAUCCAGAACCCUUCUUUGCCCUUGCUAAGGAGCUCUACCCCGGGCAGUUCAAGCCAACCAUCUGCCACUACUUCAUCCGCCUGCUGAAGGAGAAAGGACUGCUGCUGCGCUGCUACACGCAGAACAUAGACACGCUGGAGCGAGUGGCGGGGCUGGAGCCCGAGGACCUGGUGGAGGCCCACGGCACCUUCUACACCUCCCACUGCGUCAGCUCCAGCUGCCGACAAGAAUACACGCUGAGCUGGAUGAAAGAGAAGAUCUUCUCAGAAACAACCCCCAAGUGCGAAAAAUGUCAGAGUGUGGUGAAGCCUGAUAUCGUGUUCUUCGGUGAGAAUCUUCCACCACGCUUCUUCUCCUGCAUGCAGUCAGACUUCUCGAAGGUGGACCUCCUCAUCAUCAUGGGCACCUCCCUGCAAGUGCAGCCCUUCGCCUCCCUGAUCAGCAAGGCACCACUAUCUACCCCACGCCUGCUCAUCAACAAGGAGAAGACGGGCCAGACAGAUCCCUUCCUGGGCAUGAUGAUGGGCUUGGGAGGCGGCAUGGAUUUUGACUCCAAGAAAGCUUACAGGGAUGUGGCCUGGCUAGGUGACUGUGACCAAGGCUGCCUGGCCCUUGCUGACCUCCUGGGAUGGAAGAAGGAGCUGGAAGACCUUGUCCGGAGGGAGCAUGCCAGCAUAGAUGCUCAGUCAGGGUCCCAGGCCCCCAACCCCGGCACUAGCAGCUCCCCUAGAAAGUCUCCACCUCCAGCCAAGGAGGCGGCCAGGACCGAAGAGAGAGAGAAGCGCCCCUGACCACUACCUCCUGAGCAGGACAGUGGAGCCCCCGCCAGCACUGGCCCCUCUAACAUGAGCUGCUGUGGGGCUCAGUGGAUCCUUCAUUCUCUUAACCAGGGUCCCCAACUCAAUCCCAGAAAAUUCUAAUGUACCUGGGGGCUGCGGGCUGCACAGCCCAUCACUAACAGCCCACAGCCUCUAACCACCGAGGGCAAGAAGACCUCCCCUAACUCCUAACAACUCCCAGAGAUCAGGUUACCCCCAAACUGCUAACUGUGCCAGAAGAAGGCAUUUCUCUAUUGUUCUCAGGGGGGGCGUGUCUAAAUCAAAUUAACCUACCCCACAGAAGGGCUGAACUUCACCCAGGGGUGAGAGUCUGUGGGCUCUCCAAGCCUGAAGGCCCCCCAAUUCUCUGCCUCCAACAGACAAAGUGGGUGCUGGCCUCCCUUUCCUAGGGACCCUCUUGCCAGCCAGUGGGGGAUGAGCAGGAGACUUGUUUAUUGGAAACAAAUUAAAAACCAAAACAAAGCAACUAA